AUGGAUCAAGUUCAGUCGUUCAUCGUGCCCGCCAAGCAAUUCACAAAAGAUUCUAUCAGAUUAGUGAAGAAGUGCACGAAGCCUGACAGAAAAGAGUACCAGAAGAUCGCCAUGGCCACCGCGAUCGGCUUCGCCAUAAUGGGUUUCAUCGGUUUCUUCGUCAAGCUAAUCCACAUCCCAAUCAACAACAUCAUUGUCGGCGCC